GGAGAAUACAUAUUUCAUUAUUUGAAUUCUAUUAAUUUUGUAUUGGUAAUUUCGAUUCUUCCAUAGUUACAUUAACAAUUAUCGUAUAUUCUGUUUCCAUGUUUCAAGUCUUAUAAUUACAUACUCGAGGUCACGUAUUUAGUAACGUUGCAUGAUCUUAUAUAAUUUAUUAAUCAUUAUUCAUUAGGUCAUUAAUCAUUAUUAUAUUUAUAGACUAAAAUCACGUAAAAUUUACUUCUUAUUACAAAAUUACGAACGUUUUAACGCGUGAGUUAAAAAAUAUUUUGAAACGUACUUACUGAAAAAAGUAAUUUUUAAAAAUGGUUAAAGCAGUAUGUGUAUUAAAUGGUGAAAAUGUGAAGGGUACCAUUUUUUUCUCUCAAACUGAUGAGAAAUCUCCUGUUGAAGUAACUGGUGAAGUAACUGGACUAUCUAAAGGCCGCCAUGGAUUUCAUAUACAUGAAUUCGGCGACAACACUAAUGGUUGUAUGAGCUCUGGUCCACAUUUUAAUCCUUUUGGUAAAACCCAUGGAGCUCCAGAUGAUGAUGUGAGACAUGUUGGUGACUUAGGUAAUAUUGAAGCUCCUGGUUCAUCUGUGACAGAAGUAAAUUUCCAUGACUCAAUCAUAUCUCUUACAGGACCUCUCAAUAUUAUAGGUCGUACUUUAGUGGUACAUGCUGACCAAGAUGAUUUAGGUAAAGGAGGUCAUGAGUUAAGCGCUACUACAGGGAAUGCUGGAGCCAGAAUUGCUUGUGGAGUUAUUGGAAUCACCAAAUAAAUAAUAUCGGCUAUAGUAUAAAUUGUGUUUGUUAUUAAAUGGAUUUGUAGACAUAUUGUAGAAAACAAAUAUUUAUAUAUUUUUAUCAAUCAAAUACAUAAAUAAAAACAAAUUAGUAUACAUUUUAAUUUAUUAUUAAUAGUAAGUAGGUGAUUUGUUUUAUUUUUUUUACUGAAUUAACUUCUAAAAUAGAUUCCAAAAAUUGUUACUAAUAAAAAUUUUAAUUGUUUUCAAUAUAUAUUUUUGGUGUGGUUA